AUGAACAGUGGUGGUGGGAGGAAGACGAAGGUCCCUUCGAUGCCAUUGUUGUCCCAGAGAAAAGAUAAUAGAGAUGAAGAUCUUCUUCUCUUCAAGGAGUUGCAUAAACGUGAAAAAAAUCGACUUGCUAGCCUCCUUCAGCCGGAUUCCGAUGAGUUUGAGCCGAAUUCCGGAAAUUAUUCACUGUACAGAAUUGCAUCAGGGAAGAAAGGAACAGGAUAUGACCUCUUUGGUGAGAAAGAGAAGGAGAAAAACGACUAUGAUUGGUUAAAGACGCCACCAGCCACUCCAUUAUUUCCAUCCUUAGAAAUGGAAGCCAUCGGUGCCCCUGAACUUGUUAUUCAAAGGGAAUUACCAAUUGUGCAACCUCUCUCAAGAUUUGCAGGCAAUUCAGGAGCGCAAAAGGGAAGCAAUAACAACUUUAAAAGGCCGAAGUCUCCAAAACCUAAACCUAGAAUCUCUCAAAGAUCAAUGGCUCCGAGUCAAAGCUCAAGUAUGCCAUCUCAAACCAAAACCUUCAAAGGAACAACAAUUUUAAACCAAAAAACAACACCAUCGCCUAAUGAUUUGAACAACAAAAAAACAAACAUGAACACCAACAAAAAUACAAGAACAGUCACUAAUAAUCAAAUUGAUAGUUUUCUAGCAUCUAACCUCUCUAAAACCUUAGCGGAAACAACAAUGGAUGCUCUUACAACCACAAAAACAAAGCCAAAAAGUCGGGGUGUGUCACCCUCGAUGCGGUCUACAAUUUCUACUCAAAUCCUAAGUUUUUCUAAUGAAACACCCUCUAAUUUAAAGACUACCACUAAUCGCUCCAUUUCUGCCACAAAGGGUCGACCUAAUACUGAUCGAUUAACUUCAGUGACAAAAGGUCGACCUAAUACUGAUCGCUCAACUUCUACAAUGAAGACUCGAACUAAUUCAACAAUGUUAACUCCAUUGGUGCAACAAAACAUAGAUGAUCGACAAGUUGUAGCUAGAUCAAGGAGGCAAUCGUGCUCACCAGGCGUCACGAGGGGUCGAAAAGUUGAGGCCAAGGAAGGUGAAGGAAAGAGAAUGAUGGUUAAUUUAGGAACACAAAAUAAUUUUGUGGGGAGUAAGAUGGUGGAGAAGAUGAUGAAUGCUAGAAAAAAUUCAAUAGGUGAUCAAGAGAAACCAGAAACAAAAACGAAGUCUCGUGGAGCUUCCAUUUCUCAUGGAAAUGCUUUUGGAAGCUUGAUGUCUAAGAGUUCUUUAGACAUGGCUCUCAAGCAUAUGGAUAUUAAACAAGAUCGAAUUAAUCCUCGUCUAAGAAACACAAUGCCUUCGAAGAAUUCCACCCGAGAUGAAUUUUGA